AUGGCAGCGUCUGGCCUUCCUGUCGCCAUUCUCUGGAGCACCAUCGCGUGCUUCCUUUUCGGAGUCCAGAAUUACGCCAUCGCAUACACCAACUCGCUGCCCGGCGACGACUUCUGCCGGACCGUUGGCCUCCUCUGGUUUUUCACUGGCGUGUGCGGCCUCGGAGCCCUUGCCCGCCACCCUCUGCAUCGCAUCUUUUUCUCUGAAGCUGAAGCGAAGCCUGGCCUCGCGGAGUCCCUGAUCGCACCCGAGGCGGGCACAGUGACGCUCCUUUCGAAGACUGCGACACUGGGCGGAGGGCUAGCCAUCGGCAUGGCACAGCUGUUCAUGAAGCUCAGCUUUGGUGCUGACCCAGACGCCGAGGGGCCGCUCGCCUCCGUGAUAUGCGCCGACGUCAUACUGGUCUCGGUGCUCUGUCACUUUGUGUACCACGAGUAUCUCAACGCCGCGCAGUGGGGUAGCGUGGCGCUGGUUUUUGCCGGCUUGAUCACGAUGGCCGGGGUCUUCGACGGUGGCGGUGGCACGUCCGUCUCACCGGUGGCCUUCUCCCUCGCCUUCGCCGCAAUGAUCUCUUUUGGUGCCUCCAUCUUCUCCGUCCGCGUGGCGGCCGUGGGCGGCAUUGCGGCGUCGAGCGGUUUUAUCGCGCGCACGCUCAUUCUGGGCGCCUUCUCUGUCCCGCUGCUGAUCGCUGCCCGCUGGGACUCGUCGAGCACUUCUCACACCCAUGCAGCUCGCUUUUCGCUAGAGAGCGAGGAGAGCUUCCCUCUCCACAUGCAGGCGGCCGGCGUGUACUCCAUCAACGAGGCGCUCUCUGCCGGCCCGUACACGAGCAUCUCCAUUGCCAUCUUCGGGUCUAAUUCGCUGGUCGUCCUCCUCCUCGCGGCGAUCGUGGAAGGGCAUGUCCCCGCACUCUCCGCGCUCGUCGGGAUGGCGCUCACCGCCAGUGGAUGCGUCAUCAUCUCGCUCGCUGCUCCGCCAGAGGCGCCACCUGAGGACGAGGGGUUGGAGGAGAUGUCCUCCUCUUUACCCCGGAAAGGGGGCAAUCGAUACUCGACAGGCGGGUUCGGCGCGGCGUGA